AUGUGGUAAGAAAAAGUCUGUGAUUCUUUUCUUGUUUUAUAUAUGUGAUCGCUAUUGCAGUUGCAAUGACUGCAUAGUGGCCAAUAAUGCAAAACUGUUUGCUCCAAGAUUGCUGUUGCUGUCAACUUUCAGUGAGAUUCACAAUUUUCAGCAUAUAGUACAACAUCAUCUCCCACUUUAAAUCAUGAUGCUAAUGAUUCACCAUCACAAGAUUCGAGUCAGUGUCAGCAAUCUUCAGAUGUAUUUUCUUCUAUGAAAGCAGUUCAAGGAAAAAAGACCAGUGCCCAAAUUACAAAACAGUUAGUACAAGAAACUCUUAUUGAUGAAGGACUACGUGUAGUUAAAGAAUUGGCUAAUCAAAUUAGAGACGAUACCAAUAUUCAUAUUCCUCCUCCCAAACCAGAAGGUCGUCCUCGCGGUAGACCACCAAAAUUAGACAGGGAUUAUUCAAUAUCCACAGCUUCAGCAACAAAUGCUAUUCAUACUCCCACUUCUUGCAGUGCAUCAAUGCCUGCUACUGGCUUAGUCAGUAGUGGUCCUCCAACACCAUCAGCUCAGAACGGUCGAAGUCCAAUGUCUGUAAAUGGGCCAUCAGAAAAUAACAGUGCCUCUCACGUGGACAUAAUGACAGUGCCCAUCACAAAUGGCACCAGUGGCCUUCAACAUGGUACAGGCAAUAGUGAUAAAUCUAAUGAUAAUUCACAAAGUGAUACAAAUAAGGGAUCUGAAAACAGUUUAAAUGCACUCUUAGCUUUUUCUCAAAAGGGAUUAAUAAAACAAGAACCACCAUCACCAACCAUUGGUUUUAAAAUGGAAUAAAUCAUUUUUUCACUUUAUAGAAAAGCCACUUUGCAAUUAUAGUCAAUAAAAUAAUACAAACAGCUGUUGCAGUUGGUGUUCCCUCUGUUUUUGUUUGUUGCAAGUUGAAGAAAAUUGCACAGUUGAGUGAUAUUGAAUCCUGCAGCCUUUGUGUCUACAGCUUUUCACCUUCAUCAAUAUUCUUACAUCGGAUCCCAUAUUAUUUUAGUUGUUUGUGCAGUGUCUGCAAACAUUGUGUACAUGCUAUUCAUUCCAUAAUUGAAGUCAUAAAAUGUAGAGUUCAUGUGCAAUUUCUAAGCUUUUUAGUGAAUCAGAUUACAAUGAUUACAAUAUGACUGAGACCACAAAUGUGGUAAGAAAAAGUCUGUGAUUCUUUUCUUGUUUUAUAUAUGUGAUCGCUAUUGCAGUUGCAAUGACUGCAUAGUGGCCAAUAAUGCAAAACUGUUUGCUCCAAGAUUGCUGUUGCUGUCAACUUUCAGUGAGGUUUGUGAAUUUUAAUUUAAAUGUUUACUUUUUUUAAUGAUAAAUCCAUUAUACAAGAUAAAACAAUAGAUACAUUUUUUGAUCCAUCUGCAUAAUCUGUGUUAUCAGAAGCUUAAAACUUUUUUCUGCAGAAGCAAGUUGUGGUCAUUGAUAGAUCACUUAUUGUGGUGCUUGCUAACAGAAAGGAUAAAAAUUGUAAAUGUGAAUUUUGCUGUCAUAGUAGUAUAUAGGCAAUGCAUUAGAAUACAAAUAGUAUCAUCUCUUCUAGAUACUAUAUGUUAGAUAUAUGUAUACAAGAUUGUGGUAAUCUAUAUUCCCCUAAAAUGUCGUGAUACAUUAACGCUCCAUAUACAGAUGAAAUGCUCAUAGAAUAUGCAUGAUCCAGAAAUAUACAGUACUUCAAAACUGAUUUAAUCAGUGAUCACAAUAGCUGCAUCAAAAUAGUUUCAUUAGUGUAUCAACAGCAGCGAAUUUGUGGCCACAAUACCAAAAUAAAAAAGUUGCAAUAUGUAUUCGGUAAAUUUUGUCUAUAUGCCAUGGACAAUGUAUGCUGCUGUGAUCAGUUACUCCAAAUGAGUAACUCUAUGCUGAUACCAGCAUACACAUUUAGAUUGUCUAUGCCCUUUGGGACAUAGUUGCAAUAGGUGGAAUGCUGUGAUGAAUGUUGCUGCCAUACAAAACUUGACAAGGCAGUAACAACUUUCCCCUUGUAUCUUUUUCUCCCUGUAAGUGUCAUGAAGUCAUUUGUAGUAUGAAAUGAAGCAGUUCACAUACUGUUGUGCAUAUGUAAUUCAAAGUGAUUUUGUUGUGAUAUUGUAAAAAAAAUGGGGGGUUAGAGUUUUGCCAAAAGUGGGAUAAAACCAAAAAUUGUGAUAAAACGACAUAGUCUUUUAGCCAUAAUUUUACUUAUUGGUAUUAUGUGAAAAAUCUUGGUUACUCUUUGUCAAAUAUUCCAGUUUAAAAAGAAAAGGAAUAGGCAUUUGUCAACCUUCCUGUUGCACAGUGUUUUGUAUGUAGAAGAGAUUUUGUAAGUCAAUUGUAAUGUAUGAAUGCAGAUUAUUAAUCUGAAACAAAAUUCCAGAUAUAGUUUUAAUAUCAAACAAAUAUAAUUUCUAUAUCUUUAUUCUAUUUUAAAUUUAUCUCUUAAGAAGCAUUUUAAAUUGAAUUAGUAAGAUUGAAUAAUUCUUUAAUACUAUGAUAUUUUUUAAUAUAUGAUUACAUAAGUGAAUCCAUUUCUUUCAAAUAAAUGCAUUAAAAUUAAUUUCUUUACUUACUAUAGUAUAUUUGCCAUAUCAAAUUGGCAGCUAAAAUAAAGCUAAAAUUAAUUACUGUGUGAUUAGCAUGGAUGAUAUAUAUGUUGUAUGUAUGAGCUAUAUUCAUUAUUUAUUUGGCCAGAUCUGACCAAAGAUUUUAAAUCUGGGCUUUUAGAAAAGUAGUUGCAAUUUUUAGUCUCUCAAUUUUUGUGUCAAAUUAAAAUGUUGAUUAUUUUUAAUAAAAUCAUAUCAAAAACAGUGGAAUUAAACAUUUUUGACAGCUUUUAAACUUACCUUGAAAUAUAAAAUUAAUUUUGUUGUUUCUAACCUACAUUUUUAAUAUUUUUGAUUUUCUAAAUUAUAUUUUGGAUCUAAAGCUAUUAUCUAAUUAAAUAUAAUUUUAACUUUAUAGAUCUGUUUAAAUUCAGUCAAUCUAAACAUUUUGUAAUUAAAUUUUUAACAUUUCUUUUUAAUGGAAAAAUAAUUUUUAUACUUUUAAAUAAAAUUUCUAAUACAGUAUUUUAAUAAUUUAAACUAUCCAUACAAUCUAUUAUAAAUUCACAAUAAUAAUAAAAUAAUAAUCACAGAAAAAUUAAGCAGAUUAAAAAGAGCAACUGAUACCCAUAAAUUUUCAAUAUAAAAUAUUUGACAUAGAGAAUAACCUAUCAGAAUUUUUUGUAUAUAGACCUUUUUCUAAAUGAAAAUUCUUAAAUUAUAGAUACAACUGUAAGUUAGACUAUAAUUCCAAAUGAUGAAAUUUUAUGUCUGAGAUUUUAUUUCUGUACAAUUGAAUAUUUUUGAUGUUUUAUUUAUUAAGUUUCAUACUAUCUGUAAUUCAAAUAUGUUUUUUCAUUAAUAUUAUAUUUGAUUAUUUUGUGCAAUAUUCUUUGCAUAUUCAUGAAUAGAAAAUCAAAAUAGAGCUUCUAAUUAGUCAGAAAAAUAUUCCUUAUUUAAGUAUUUAAGUAAAUUUAUGCAAAUGAAAAAGGCCUAUUUACACAGUAACUUACUUUAAAAAAUAAUAAAUUAAAAAGAAAUCUAUCAUUGCCCAGUAAAACAAUUUAUUGUAUGUGAUUACAUAUAAGUUUGAUAUAAGUUUUAUGAUCACCUGAUUAAUGUAAAAAUUACAAUUUAUUUUCUGUGACUAUGUUAAUGAUAUUAAAAAGAAAAACUUUAAGCCUUA